UAUUUCAUUAUUUUGCAUACUUAAUAAUCCAUACUUGUAUUGUUUUAAUGUAAAAUCAUAUUGAUCGAGACUGACAUGUAUAAACGCUCCGUUUUAUCCCACUGCUGCAUGAGCGUGACCUGGUUACGUCGACAGUUGGUGCGAGGCCUAGUGGCCAUUUUGUGGGAACAGUAAUGGAUUUUUCCGUACUGCAUCAAUUUUGUAGAAUUCCUGCCAUGUAUUAGGAAGAUGGAUGGAUCACACCAGAGAUACCAACACAACAUGUCGAUGGCAACGGACUUAAGUUUGUCCACAAUGAAUGAACAGGGAGACAUUGGUAUGUACCAGCAACCUCUAGACCUGCAGGCCAGCAACACAGGCAUGCAACAUAGCUACAUCAACAACUACAACCUGCAGUCUUUAGGACAAACAUCACCCAACAGGAGUUAUAUGUCAUCCAACAUGCCAGAUCAAUACCAUACAAAUGCUGCAAUGGCGUCGUACAAGUCCACUUAUGUUAGUCCAACAAAAGUUUCUCAUGCAGUGACUGGGAAUGAACAGUACAACCUGAACACUCUUUCUGCUCAAGAUUACUCUCAGAAAGAACUCUCAAGCACUCCCAUAAUGACAUAUAAAAGUUCUACAAGUAUGACAGUGAAGCCUCCGAAGAGUUACACUGGAAGAGGGACAGAGUUCAACUCCAGCAUUCCCACAUACAGAAAUAACAUGGCAGAUAGUGCUCAUGUCACAGUGCCAAUCAAUCCAGACCCGCCUCCACCAGUGAAAAACCCAGAUCCACCCCCAGCGAUGAAAACCACUCCAUACAAGCCAAGACACAACAUCAGCGAGAAGGUGAUGAGGAUGGAGAAAGAAGUUCCUCCCCAGAUAACAUCAACAGAAGAUAAGCUAGCCACACAGGAUUACACUGAGAUCAACCUACCCAGAGAGUUGAUGAGUAAGAUGUUUGGACUGCUGAAACAGGGCAUGUUUUGUGAUGCCGUUCUGGUGACGGGAGGCAAAGAAAUCAAGGUUCAUAAACUUGUGCUGAUGGCAGCCAGUCCCUUCUUAAUGAACAAGAUGGCCAACCCUAGUCCAGGAGAAUCCAUUCGAGUGAGUUUACCGGCCGGUAUUCCUGUGGAAGUGGCCUCUCAGCUGGUGCAUUAUCUUUAUGAUGGAAAUGUCACCAUCACAACAGAAAAUGUGGGGAAGUUUGCAAGGAUAGCAAAGCUAUUCCAUCUUGAACAUCUUCUCAAGAUAUGUACACAGUUCAUCCACCAUUACAAGCUAGACAACUCACUACUGAAUGUUACCAAUGAAGACAUCUCCAUCGUAGCAAAUCCCAUUUCUCCUCAGAAAGUGGCUGCUGCUCCAGAGAAUGUUCAGAAGACACCAACAAAGAAAGAUGAUCAGAUUUCUAGCAAACCAUUGGCAGGUGGGGGAAAGAAGCCUAUCAAGGAAGCCAACAAACAGUGUCCCAUUCCUACCACAGUCAAUCACAUGUAUGGGACUCGAACCCAGUCUGGAAUUGUGAAAAAGAAAUCCUUCAAAGAUGAAACUUCCACCAAUAGCUUAAAGAAAGGAAGCAUUGCAAAUAAGAAAUCAAUUUCUCCAGCCACAAAACCUGAGUCUGUGUGUGAGAAUAGAACAAAUGUCUCACCAAAGCAGAAAAGUAACAUACCCACUGUUGUGACACAGUCUUAUUUGAAUCACCCUAGAAAGAGAAGACUCUCAAUGUUAGCCCAGGAAACUGCAAGCAACAAGGAAACAACGGAAACUCUGGAGGAGGAUCUAGGUGUGGUGUCUGAGGAGCUGGAUGACGACACAGACAGUGACUACACUCCCCCCUCCAUCACCACACAGUCAGGAAUGCAGAGGGCAGUGUUUGAAGGGGCAAGGAAGGGAAAGACCUUCAAGACGGUGAAGAAAUCCUCCACCCUUAGCAGCAUCAAAAAAGGCCUUGGCAAAAAGAGAUCACAAACCAAUUCUCCACUCUUGAAGUCAGAAACCACCAGACAACCACCAAAGAAGAGAGCAAGAGAAUUUGCAGAAAAAGAGGUAGAGGAGAUGGCUUCAUAUAUCUUUAAGAAUGACACUACGACGUUCACCAAUGUUAAGCCUCUUCAUGGCAAUAAGGGCAAGAAGAAGAAAAAACCAGCCAAAAGCAAGACCCCUGGAUCAUCUAAACUUACACCAUACUCGGGGAUAAGUCGCUAUGCCUCUGAACUUGAAGAAAUGGCUAAGUCGGUUCCAGAAGAGGAAAAAGUUUUCAUCUGCAGAUUGUGUGGUAAUGAGUUUGUAUUUCCCAAACGCUGUAUUACCCAUGUCAUGAAAACCCACGAGAUGAGUGUAGCAGAUUCCAUGACGCACAUAGAGAUUGGCAAAAGAGAAGCUGCUCCAAAGUCAUGUGAUAUUUGUGGAUAUGUUACUAAGGACUCUAAUCAUUAUUACAUGCAUUAUCACAAGUAUUUCAGACAUGGAGUACCCCUUCCAAAAGGCUGGAAACCUUACAAAUGCGACACCUGUGGAAAAGAGUGCUUCACAAAGUUCCAAUUGAAGGAUCAUAAACUUAUCCAUGUGGAACAGACACCAUUUGUGUGUGAAACCUGUGGAACAGGGUUCAAAUCAAGAACAUGCUUAAAUAGCCAUGUGUAUCACAAACACAGCACGGUACGCAAACAUCCAUGUACAGAAUGCACCAAAACAUUCAAAACUCGCACUCAGUUGUUAGUUCACAAGCGGACUCACAGUGGAGAAAAGCCAUUCCAGUGUCCAGAAUGUGCAUACAAAAGUACUACUCGUGGGAACAUGAGGAUACACCUAACCAACAGGCAUAAACUCAGCCCUGAUGAAAUCAAGUAUCUCAUGGAGAGCAUAAAGUAUAGCAAUCCUGCUGUGCUAUGUAUUGUAGAGGUAAAUGAAGAUUAUGAAGAGCCUCCAAAUCCUGCAGUGGAUAAAGAAGAAAAGAGUAAGUCCGGUCCAUCAAGGCCACCAGUGAAAUCCAAGAGCAUAAUGGUGAUGAAUCAGAAGGGGGCAAUUGAUGUGAUGGACAGUCAGGAGUAUGCUGAAUCUCUCACAGUUGUAGGAGCGCCAAAAUGUGCUCCACAGCCUCAAGUCAGGACAGGCGAACCCAGUGCUCCACAGCCUCAAGUCAGGGCAGGUGAACCCAGUGAAAUGAAUCCGCUACACUCCACACUAAACUCUCUGAUGGAAUCUUCUGCAAGUGCUGGAGCAACUUCUUCCACAGGUCUUCAGGAUCCCCAGCAAUAUCUUCUACAAACCAUCAACAUCCCGAUAUCUCAAGAGCUUCCAAUGGGAGAUGUUGAGACAGCUCAACUGUUGUUUAAUCAUGUCAACAAUGAUCAGCUCCAGCAUACAGAUCACCCGUACACAAUGGAAACUCCAAUCAACCUGGUACAGGACAGUCAACAAAACAUGAAUGCAAUCAGUCAAGGCCAUAAAGGGUACAGCACAGAUGAAAUCCAGUCCAUGCUAACCAACACUGGAAGGCAGUAUGGACAAUCCAAGUCUCAGAAUGAAACCUAUAUACAAAUGGUUCCUGCUGCUCAACUUCAGCAUGUGCAAUUGCAGGAGAGUUCAUCUCAAAAUACCACCAACAUGAACCAUUCCUCUCAAUUGGUUAACCAACCAGAAAUCCCUGUACAGAACAUGUCCCCAAUAAAGAAACAACUACAAUAUCAAUACCAGAUGAAUGCAGACCCAGCUCAUUCAUUACUAAUAAACAACCAGGAGCUCACUAGCUCACAUUCCAAUCAGCUGACUUCCACCCACCCCCAACCAUCCGUGUCGCUUCUCCCGGUCAGUUUACAGACAACACACACCCCAAUAUCUCAGUAUGUCACCAUAGCCAGGAGGAAUGAACAACAGCAAACAGUGCCCUCUAGUUCAGGGGCAGUAACUGUGCAUACUUACAUUGUCCGAUCUCAGAAAUCAGGAUCAGACACCCUAAAAAAUUACUCCUCAGAGCUACAAAACCAGAAGAAAGUGGAUAAUGACAUCCUCCCUCCCACACACACACUAUGGAACACUCCAAUUACCAUACAGGGAACAGUGGCCACCAAUGCCCCCGCAGCCCAGAGAAGCCAGACCCGUCAACAGUACAGCAGCUCUGUACAGUCGACUGGUCGUUACACUGAUAGUGACCAUAGCAAUGCAAAUUACCCAUAUUCUAAUUUCAAGUCAUAAUACAGUGAAUCCACUUUUACUACAGAGUGUACAGGAAUAAGCCAAUUAAUUCCUAACAUUAAAUUCAUUCCUAAGCUUGUAUAUUUUAUGAAAAAUGAAAUAAAUGGCUUUAAAGAAAAA